UGAAGGUUAAGCCUCAGACGUCUGUCUACACUGGAGACACUGUUACUCUAAGCUGUGAGUUACAGCAGUCUACUGGAUGGACGUUUUUAUGGAACAUUUACCCUCAGCAGCCAAAAUCAUGGACCACUGUAAGAAAAAACAAUAUAAUGGAUGUGACAGUCUCUGAAGAAGCAACUUCAGAAUAUGGUUGCGGUGCACGAAGGGGACAAUACUACACACAUUACAGUGACGUAGUCAAGAUCACAGCAGCUGCGAGACCAAAAGCUGUGGCCUCCAUAAAGCCUGAUCCACAGGUAUUUGAGGGAGAGACUGUCACUCUCAGAUGUAACAUACAGAGAAGAGGCGUCUCUAAGUGGCAGUACAGCUGGAAGAAAGAGGGUUCACUCAGUCCUGUCAGCAGAGAACAGGUGUACACAAUCAGUGGUGCUGAAGAGUCUCAUACAGGUAACUACACCUGUAGAGGAACAGAGGCAGGAGGAUCCCGCUACUCCUACACCAGUGAUGCUGUUACGCUGACUGUAUCAGCAGUGAAACCUAAACCUGAACUCACAUCUAGCCCUCAAGGAGCUGCACUGAUGGGAAACCCAGUGACUCUGUACUGUAAGCUGGAGCAGUCUGCUGGAUGGAGGUUUUACUGGUCCAAACACACACAGAACCCUGAGAAUGAGACCAACACUGCAACACGCUCCUACACCAUCAGUGCAGUGAAGCUUUCUGAUGGAGGCCAGUACUGGUGUAGAGCUGGCAGAGGAAAUCCAGUCUACUACACACACUACAGUGAUGCGCUCUGGGUAAACAUUACUGAUGUGUCUUCUCUAGUCUCUCUGAUCAUCAUUCCCAACAGAACUCAACACUUCAGUGGUCACUCUCUCUCACUGAGCUGUGAGGACCAGAGGAACUCUACUACAUGGAGAGUCAUGCAGGACUCACAAAAUAGGAGUGUGUCAGACUGUCCAUCAGACAUGGGAUCAGUUACAAGCUCUACAUGCAACAUCAGCUCUCUCUCCACAGCCCAUACUGGAAUGUACUGGUGUCAGUCUAAAUCUGUAGGGAGCAGUAAAUCUGUCAACAUCACAGUGCAUGAUGGUGAUGUGAUCCUGGACAGUCCUGUACAUCCUGUGACUGAGGGAGAUCCUCUGACUCUACAAUGUUUAUUGAACAAAACACCUUCAAACCUCAUAGCUUACUUCUAUAAAGAUGGAUCAUUCAUUCAGGACCAGACCACAGGACAGAUAACCAUCCAUGCCAUCUCAAAAUCAGAUGAGGGUCUCUACCACUGUGAAUACCCAGAGAGAAGAGCGUCACCACAGAGCUGGGUCUCAGUCAGAGGCAUUAAAUCAUCAAACAAAUCUAAAUCAAGUGUGUGCUUGUGAAACCGUCGAAUAAAGAAACUGUCAGUUUUAGAGCCGAUCUAUUCAAUGAGGAUUCUACAUAAACCAAACCGUAUAAACCAUCUGAUAUAUUCUUCAGAGCCACCCCAACCAAUAACAAUAAUAAUAAUCAUUAGAGUAGUACUACUACUCUCAUAAUAAUUGAAACCCACG